AUGAAGAGCUUCGACUUCACCUCGCUUACGAACAAGUGCCAGUGCUUUCCAGGAUGUGCUGAGACCUUCCUGGGGAACACUUGCUGCCCCGACUACAAGAGCCACUGUGAGGCCGGAGCGGCGCCAGAGGCCCAGACCACGGCUACAGCGGUGACAAUUGCUGGGUACACAACCUACGCAAACGCACAUUGCUCGGAUGUGAAGGGUGCUUCUGAGCUCACCAGCACCAACGCAUCUCCCGAUGCCUGCGCAAAGCAGUGCCAAAGUAAUGCGGAGUGUGAGGGAUUUACUGUAUCGAGCCAGAACUCUUGCACCUUGCUGGCCGGCAUCAACAUUCCUGCCUGCGCCGCCAGCCCUGGUAAGUUCUCCACCUAUGUGAAGCUGGGCCCUUUUUCGAAUCUUUUGCUCCGUUUCAGUCGUAAUUAUUUAGAAGCCACAUUGCUGUUUCUAGUGGGGUGCAAGAGCAGUUCAGGAAGAAAGAAGGUCUGA